AACGGGCAAGUUAAAAACAAAGAGCAAGAAAGAAGAACCCAAAAGAAAUGAAUGUUUUUUUUUGGGUAGUGGAAAGAAGAGAAUGUUAACCUGGUAAAGUAACAGGAGGGCAGCUUCUAGGAAUGAGAACAGGCCUUGGCCACCUACUACAAAAGGCGAGGUCGGUGAUGGUGAUGACCCUCCCAGCUCUCCUCUCUCCCUCUGUGCCCCACUCCUCCGCCCUCCCAAUCCUUUGCGCCUCUGUCGCCACCGCCGCCACCAUGUCCGGAUCUACCGUCAUCGUCCCUGGCUCCGUUGCCCAGCAGAAGCGCGCCCUUCGUUCGGAGAUCCGGAAAGCAUUGAAGGCUUUACCCCCCACCCAACGAGCCCAAGAAGAUACAGCAAUUCAGAAUAUCGUUUUGGAUUCCUCUUGGUUCAAGUCUACUAGGGGAUUAUGUGCUUAUAUAAGUUGUGAGUCCCUGCACGAAGUUGAUACAUCAAGAAUUGUGGCAGAAGUUUUAAGGGAUGCAAAUGAUCGUGAAGAAAAGAAAAGGCUUUAUGUUCCACGUGUGGAGGACAAGAAUAGCCAUAUGCGGAUGCUUAAAAUCUCAAGCAUCAAAGAUUUGAUAGCAAAUUCAAUGAAUAUUUUGGAGCCAUCCCCAAUAGAUGCUGAUGGAAGUCAACGUGAAGAUGCUAUGCUGGCAACUCACCCUGUUGACAUUUUCCUGUUACCUGGAGUUGCAUUUGAUAGACAUGGGCAACGACUAGGCCGUGGUGGAGGCUACUAUGAUGUAUUCCUGAAGAAAUAUCAGGAGCUAGCAAUGGAGCGAAGGUGGAAACAACCUCUUCUAGCAGUUGCACUUGCAUACUCCGUGCAAAUUUUGGAUGAUGAUGUCAUUCCUGUCAACCACCAUGAUGUUCUUGUUGAUGCUCUUGUCUCUGCAUCUGGUGUCAUUCCGAUCAGCACUGCAGCCUUGGACAGGAUGUGACUGAAUGCUUCAGCCCUUUCAUCUGUCUUUUCUGUUUUCUUUUAUAGCAUGUGCAAUAGUUUCACUGCUUAAUUUGUGGACCAAUGGAACUAGAGAGAAUUGAUGCUUUUAAGCAUUGUUUUUUCAGCUGAGAAUCAAUUUGAUUCGGUAUCCUCUUUUUCAAUUAUC